UCACCCCUCAUCGUCUCUUUCCUCUCUCCUCCCCAAAAACCCUAGAAAUCUUAAUCUUCCCUCAGAGUUCCCAAAAUUCCGCAUAAACUAAAGAAACCCCAGAUUCAAGAAGAAUCUUUCACCUACUUCGAUCGUAGAUCUCCUCGCAAUUCCUCUCACUGAAACCCUAGCAUUCAUCAGCACGAAUAUCUCUUGAUCUUUGUUCGGGCGAUCGAGGGAACUUCGUUUUCUUUCUGGUUAUUUUGUUUCCUUUUAUCUUCACAGUGCAUCAGCAGCUAAUUUGAUGGCAACACCUUUGGAUAUGUCAUUGGAUGAUAUGAUUAAGAACAGAGGUUCUGGUGAAAGAGGGAGAGGGCAUGGCCGGGGGCGGGGCCGUGGACGGGCCCGUGGACGAGGUGGGGCCACUCGUGGGAGGGGAGUAGGUAUGGCUCGUCAAGGGCCUCUUGGAGUAAAUGCUCGGCCAUCACCUUACAAGAUUGCCAAGUCUUUCAGCAGAACAAAGGACAAUAUAUGGAGACAUGAUUUGUUUGAUGAAAGCAUGAAAGCUGCUGGUCUUACUGGAGUCGAAACUGGUACAAAAUUGUACAUAUCAAAUUUGGAUUAUGGGGUGUCCAAUGAAGAUAUAAAGGAACUUUUUUCUGAGAUCGGUACUCUUAAGCGGUCUGCAGUUCAUUAUGACAGAAAUGGGCGCCCUAGUGGUUCGGCAGAAGUGGUGUUUGCUAGGAGAAGUGAUGCAAUGGCUGCCAUGAAACGUUACAACAAUGUUCAGCUGGAUGGAAAAGCUAUGAAAAUCGAAAUCAUUGGCACUAAUCUUGGGUUACCAGUUACCCCUCGCAUUAAUGUGGUUGGUGGUGCAAAUGGGAGAGGAAGGAGGACAGUCGUUAUGACGCCGGAGUUUGGUCAAGGUGGUACAAGGCCCUUCAAGCGCACACCAAGGCCAAACCGUGGGGGUUUCCAGCGUGGAACUGGGAGAGGUCGUGGACGAGGACAGGCACGUGGCCGUGGAGGCCGUGGUCGUGGAAGGAAGCCAGUUGUGAAAUCAGCAGAUGAUUUGGACAAGGAUUUGGACAGUUACCAUGCUGAAGCAAUGAACACAUCAUAAGGCGGAGGAGGGUUUUGAUGUCCAUUGCGACAUUUGGCUAGCUUGUGAUGUGGCAUUUGAAGAAGUUAAAAGGAGAUUGAAGUUGCAAUUGGUGGCAAUUUGGCUUUCUAUUUUAGUUUUCAAGCUGAGCUUUCACUUAGAUAUGUUUCCCAUCUGCUGUUCGAAUGACUGCUGACAAGUAGGGGUGCAUAAAACCCUCACAAACUUCUCUUUGAAAACCUUGUUGAGAUGCUGUUGAGUAAUUUGUGUGCUUGAGAGAACAGAAUAUUUGAUAGUACCAGUGUUAGUUUGCAUUGCAGUAUGUACUUAAAAUAGUGAGAGGUUUGUGGGUGAGAUUGCCGGUUUGUUGGUGAUUUUUCUGGAAUGCUUCAUCCUUUCACUUCAACCUACGCGCUGCAGAGCUUGUUACUUUAUUCUGUUCCUUUCAGGCUGCUGCUUACAUUUGCUUUGUGGAGCGUUGGUUGAAUGCGACGGUUGCUUUGUAGAGUGUUAGUUGAAUGCGACGAUGUCCUAUAUUGGAGACUUCUAUUCUAUUUACCUUGAGAUACAAUCUGCUUGUGGCAGGCUA